GUACCUGCUCAGUUAGUUCCCGCCGUUGGAAUCUCGCGAACGAAACAUGGAGCUCAUUAACGCGGUGCUGGCCGCAUUUAUCUUCAUCGUGUCGACGGUGUACCUGUUCAUACGCAACAAGCACAACUAUUGGAAGGACAACGGAUUUCCGUACGCACCGAAUCCACACUUUUUGUUUGGCCAUGCGAAAGGACAAACGCAGACCCGGCAUGCAGCCGACAUCCAUCAGGAGCUGUACAAGAAGUUUAAGCAGCUCGGUGAACGGUACGUGGGCAUGAGCCAGUUCAUCGUACCUUCGGUGCUCGUGAUCGAUCCGGAGCUGGUGAAGACGAUCCUGGUGAAGGACUUUAAUGUGUUCCACGAUCACGGUGUGUUCAACAACGCGAAAGACGAUCCACUAUCAGCGCAUCUGUUUGCCCUGGAGGGCAAUCCGUGGCGUUUGUUGCGUCAGAAGCUUACGCCCACCUUUACGUCUGGCCGGAUGAAGCAAAUGUUUGGUACGAUAUGGGAUGUGGCACUCGAGCUGGAUAAGUAUAUGGAGGAAAACUACAACCAGCCGGAGAUCGAGAUGAAGGAUGUGUUGAGCCGCUUUACGACCGAUGUGAUCGGUACGUGUGCGUUCGGGAUUGAGUGUAAUUCGCUUCGGACACCAGAAUCGGAUUUCCGCAAGUACGGCAACAAAGCGUUCGAGCUUAAUCCGAUCAUUAUUUUAAAGCUUUUCCUGUCCUCGUCAUAUCCGGGACUGAUUCGGAAGCUCCGCUUGAAGAUCACUUACAAUGAUGUGGAAGCAUUUUUCAUGAAGAUUGUGCGCGAGACAGUUAAUUACCGGGAGUCGAACAACGUAAAGCGGAACGACUUUAUGAACCUGUUGCUGCAGAUCAAAAACAAGGGCAAGCUGGACGACAAUGAUGAUGGAACGGUUGGCAAGGGUGAGGUCGGUAUGACAGAAGCGGAACUAGCGGCACAGGCAUUUGUGUUUUUCUUGGCCGGGUUCGAAACAUCAUCCACCACGCAGAGCUUCUGUCUGUACGAGCUGGCAAAAAACCCGGACAUUCAGGAGCGUCUACGGCAGGAAAUUAAUCAAGCAAUCGACGAAAACGAUGGACAGGUGACGUACGACGUCGCCAUGAGCAUACAGUAUCUGGAUAAUGUGAUAAACGAAACACUUCGAAAGUACCCGCCGGUAGAGUCGUUGAGCCGUGUACCAUCGGUUGACUAUCUCAUUCCCGGCACGAAACAUGUGAUACCGAAAAGAACGCUAGUGCAAAUUCCGGUUCACGCCAUUCAGCGGGACCCAGACCACUACCCCGACCCGGAACGGUUCGAUCCGGAUCGUUUCACACCGGAGGAGGUGAAGAAGCGCCAUCCGUUCACGUUCAUUCCGUUCGGCGAGGGUCCUCGUAUUUGCAUCGGGUUGCGAUUUGGUGUGAUGCAGACCAAGGUGGGCUUGAUAACGCUGCUGCGAAAGUUCCGAUUUUCGCCGUCAGCCCGAACGCCGGACCGCGUAACGUUCGAUCCGAAAAUGAUCACCCUGUCCCCGAGUGCGGGCAAUUACUUGAAGGUGGAAAAGUUGUAAGACGCUGGCUGCACCCUACUCGGAUCACAUCCCUUUUGCAAACGUAUUGUUCAUUAUCUGCUGUAAAAGAAUAGGAAUUGUCGUUUUUUUGUUUUAGAAAUAAAAGCUUCAUUAUUAUGAGCAGUGGAAGAGAUAAAAAACGUGUAUGAAACUGCGCGUUUUGACAGUAA